GGGCCAAUAAAAAUCUUUCGUGCAGUGCCAUUCGCAAAUCGCAAGAGCCAAGGGCUUCUCAGAUCUGAUCAAUUACACAGUUUUCUGCAGAUCGGACGUAUACGAAUUCGCUAAAAAGCUCUGAAAAGAUGGCUUAUACAGACUUCAGCGGCGAUGAGACGGCACCCUUCUUUGGCUUCCUGGGCGCUGCUGCUGCCCUCGUCUUCUCCUGUAUGGGAGCUGCCUAUGGGACCGCAAAGAGUGGGGUAGGUGUGGCGUCGAUGGGUGUGAUGAGGCCGGAGCUCGUCAUGAAGUCGAUUGUCCCAGUGGUUAUGGCUGGUGUUUUGGGUAUUUACGGCCUGAUUAUUGCCGUGAUCAUAAGUACCGGUAUUAACCCUAAGACCAAAUCCUACUACCUCUUUGAUGGCUACGCUCACCUUUCCUCUGGUCUUGCUUGUGGCCUCGCUGGCCUUUCUGCUGGCAUGGCCAUUGGAAUUGUUGGUGAUGCAGGUGUAAGAGCAAACGCACAACAGCCCAAGCUAUUUGUAGGGAUGAUUCUCAUCCUCAUUUUUGCCGAAGCUCUGGCUCUCUAUGGACUUAUUGUUGGAAUCAUCCUCUCUUCUCGCGCUGGCCAAUCUAGAGCAGAGUAGAGGAAGAGCAGAGCACAUUUGUCUCUACGCAAAUUUAUGUUGUUUAUUUGAUUGUGGAAUUUUUUCUUCUCUUUCACCAAAGAUUACUUAUGGGGUUGGCUGGCUAAUAGAUUUGCUAAUUUAUGUGUUGAUGUUCUGUUGUAGAUUAGAUCUCCCCUCGGCCCUCAAUAAAACUGUCAUCAGUUAUCAUAAAAAACCAUAAGGGAAUUGUGUAAUAAUUGUUUGUGUUGUGUUGUCAAAUUUGUUUUUGUUGAGUCUCAAA